UUUUUGCCCCCUUCGGGGAGUCACGCCCGUCGCAAAUGGCUUCGUUUCCCGAGUCCGACUUCCAGAUCUGCCCGCUGUGCAAGGAGAUGUGCGGCUCGCCGGCUCCCCUCUCGUCCAACUCCUCCACCUCCUCGUCCUCCUCGCAGACCUCCAGCUCCUCCGGGGGCGGCGGCGGCUCCUCCUGCGGGGGCCCGCCGCGGCGGCUCCACGUCUUGCCCUGCCUGCACGCCUUCUGCCGCCAGUGCCUGGAGGCGCAGCGGCACCCCGGCGCGGGGGACGCGCUCAAGCUGCGCUGCCCCAUCUGCGACCAGAAGGUGGUGAUCUCGGAGCCCUCGGGCAUGGACGCGCUGCCCUCCUCCAACUUCCUCCUCAGCAACCUGCUGGACGUCGUCGUCGUGGCCGCCGCCGCCGACGAGCAGAAGAACGGCCGCGCCGCCGGGGCCGGCCCCACUGCGGGCUCGGGCCUCGGCGCGCCCUCCUCGACGUCGUCGUCGUCCUCCUCCUCGGGCGGCGGCGGCGGCGGCUCGGCGGCGCUCCUGCUGCGGCGGCCCCACAGCCGCCAGGGCGAGCCCCGCUGCAGCUCCUGCGACGAGGGCAACGCCGCCAGCUCCCGCUGYCUCGACUGCCAGGAGCACCUGUGCGACAACUGCGUGCGGGCGCACCAGCGCGUCCGCCUCACCAAGGACCACUUCAUYGAGCGCUUCGCCGCCGGCCCCGCCGCCGCCGGCUCCGCCGCGCCGCUCGCCCUCAGCCCGCCCUACCCCGCCUCGCCGUACAACAUCCUCUCCGUCUUUCCCGACCGGGCCAGCUACUGCCAGCACCACGACGACGAGGUACUGCAUUUGUACUGUGAUACCUGUUCUGUCCCCAUAUGUCGAGAAUGUACCAUGGGACGACAUGUGGGUCACACCUUUAUCUACCUCCAAGAUGCCCUACAGGACUCCAGGACUCUCACCAUUCAGCUCCUGGCAGAUGCUCAGCAAGGACGACAGGCUAUUCAACUGAGCAUUGAGCAGGCCCAGGCUGUGGCAGAGCAAGUUGAGAUGAAAGCGAAGGUGGUACAGUCUGAAGUCAAAGUUGUGACCACCAGACACAAGAAGGCCUUGGAAGAGCGGGAGUGUGAGCUGCUCUGGAAGGUGGAAAAGAUUCGCCAGGUCAAGGCUAAGUCCCUCUACUUGCAAGUUGAAAAGUUACGUCAGAACCUCAACAAACUGGAUAACACCAUUAGUGCUGUCCAGCAGGUCCUGGAGGAGGGUCGUGCCAUGGAUAUUCUCCUGGCCCGGGACCGCAUGCUGGCUCAGGUGCAGGAGCUGAAGAACGUCAGGGGCCUUCUCCAGCCRCAGGAAGACGACAGGAUCAUGUUCACCCCGCCUGACCAGGCGUUGUACAUGGCUGUUAAAUCGAUGGGCUUCGUCAGCAGCGGGGCUUUCGCYCCCCUGACCAAAGCCACGGGCGAAGGGCUCAAGCGUGCGCUGCAGGGCAAGGUGGCCUCUUUCACCGUCAUCGGCUACGACCACGACGGGGAGCCUCGCCUUUCGGGGGGCGACAUGAUCUCCGCGGUGGUCAUGGGCCCCGACGGAAACCUUUUCGGGGCAGACGUGAGCGAUCAGCAGAACGGGACCUACGUGGUCAGCUACCGUCCCCAGCUGGAGGGAGAGCACCUGGUGUCGGUGAUGAUGUGCAACCAACACAUCGAGAACAGCCCCUUCAAGGUGGUGGUGAAGUCCGGGCGCAGCUACAUCGGCAUCGGGCUGCCGGGGCUGUCCUUCGGCAGCGAGGGGGACAGCGACGGCAAGCUCUGCCGCCCCUGGGGGGUCAGCGUCGACAAAGAAGGCUACAUCAUCGUCGCCGACCGCAGCAACAACCGCAUCCAGGUGUUCAAGCCGUGCGGGACCUUCCAUCACAAGUUUGGCACGCUGGGCUCCCGUCCAGGCCAGUUCGAUCGCCCCGCCGGCGUGGCCUGCGACAUCUCGCGUAGGAUCAUCGUGGCCGACAAGGACAAUCAUCGCAUCCAGAUCUUCACGUUCGACGGGCAGUUCAUUCUGAAGUUCGGGGAGAAAGGAACAAAGAACGGGCAAUUCAAUUACCCGUGGGAUGUGGCCGUCAACGCGGAGGGCAAGAUCCUGGUCUCCGACACGAGGAACCAUCGCGUUCAGCUGUUCGGGCCCGACGGCGUGUUCCUGAACAAGUACGGCUUCGAAGGGGCGCUCUGGAAGCACUUUGAUUCCCCCAGAGGUGUGACGUUCAAUCACGAGGGCCACUUGGUCGUGACGGACUUCAACAACCAUCGCCUCCUGGUCAUCCAUCCGGACUGCCAGUCGGCGCGCUUCCUGGGCUCCGAGGGCACCGGCAACGGGCAGUUCCUGCGCCCGCAGGGCGUGGCGGUGGAUCAGGAAGGGCGCAUCAUCGUGGCCGACUCCAGGAACCACCGGGUGCAGAUAUUCGAGUCCAAUGGUAGCUUUUUAUGCAAGUUUGGCACUCAGGGAAGCGGCUUUGGUCAGAUGGACCGUCCUUCAGGUAUAGCUGUCACCCCUGAUGGCAUGAUUGUUGUGGUCGACUUCGGAAACAAUCGAAUUCUCGUCUUCUAAUCUGUGUUUGAAUUAGGAAGAAACUGUCUCAGGGAAAUUCUUCUAAGAGAAAAUGAAAAAAUACAACGUUAAUUCAAACCUACCUCAUCUUUAAUUUUUUUACAGAUGAAUGUACUUACCUUUUCUGCAGGGAGUGAGCCUGUAAAAUUGAAUUCUAUCUACCUCAUUGUCCUCCCUUCCCUCCCCGGUUUCUCGCCCCUUCCCCRUCCCCACAUACUCAUAUUUCAGAACGUUUUACCUCUUCCCCCCGUUGGGGUUUCAUGCACAAACAAGUGUUGCUGUGCACAUUAGGUGGUUUGUGUGGUGAGUUCUGUUAGACUAAGCCAAGAAAGGCGCUAUGUAACUUUUUAAAUGGAGAAAAUGGUAGUAGAUGUUUGUAGAGAAUUUGUGUUCUUGACCAUUCUGCAGUU